AUGAUAUGUGCCAACAUACUCCUCGACAGACUUAAGCCAUACGCCAACGAAAUAGUGGGCGAAUAUCAGUGUGGAUUCAGAAAAGACCGGUCAACUAUAGAUCAGGUGUUCACCAUUAAGCAAAUAAUGGAGAAGUGCUGGGAAUUUAAUAAAGAAUUACAUCAACUGUUUGUGGACUUCAAACAAGCUUACGAUAACGUUUGCAGGGUAAAACUUUGGGAAGUUAUGGAGGAACUCGGUUUCCCCAAAAAACUGAUACGCCUAACACAAAUUUGUAUCAAUGGAGCGAAGAACAAGGUCAGGAUCGGGCAAGAACUCUCAGAUAUUUUUGAAGUCAACAACGGCCUCAAGCAGGGCGAUGCCAUUUCACCUUUGCUAUUCAACAUCUCCUUAGAAUACGUGGUUAGAAAAGCGGAGAUAAAGGCUCCAAUGACAAUGUUUCGCAAUAAUGGCCCAAAGCUACUGCUAGCAUUUGCAGACGAUGUAGACGUGAUUGGUAGUAGUAGACUUAACGUCAAGGAGACCUUCACCAACUUCGAGAAACAGGCACUAAAUAUGGGAUUGAAGAUCAACGAAGGGAAAACUAAAUAUAUGUACACAACUAGAAACAACCAAAGGAGAGAUAGAGUAGGACAAAACAUCACAAUGGUGGCCAACGAAGAGCGGAUCAGGGUUUUUGAACGGAGAGUACUGAGAAAAAUCUAUGGGCCGGUCACUGAUAUAACAACCGGUAGAUAUCGUAUACGCAAGAACAGGGAGCUAUAUGAACUAUACAAAGACCCCAAUAUCAUCAACGAAAUAAAAGCGAGAAGGCUACAAUGGGCCGGACAUGUGAAAAGACUUCCAGACAACCGAAUAGCCAAGCUAGCAUGGGAAGAGGCACCCGAAGGAAAAAGACCACUAGGUCGGCCUCGCCUUCGCUGGAGGGAUAACAUCGAGAAGGACCUAAAAAUAAUGGAAGUCGAUAACGCACUAGACCUAAUGAACGACAGACAACAAUGGAGGCGCAUCGUCAAGUCGGCUAAGACCCACCCCGGGUUGUGA